AUGUCCACGGAAACCCAACUUCCCCGACUCAAAUUCCACCUUGUGAACGCCUUUGCACCGACUCCUCACUCUGGCAACCAGGCUGCGGUGGUCCUCUUUCCCAAGGACGAUCCCCGGGUACUGGAUGAGGCAUAUAUGCAAAGCCUUGCUGCCGACUUUAACUAUGCCGACAGCGCCUUUGUGGUGCCCGUGAACGCCGGCGUCCAUCCUCCAGAGUACAACAUCCGAUGGUUUACCCCCACGACUGAAGUACCUCUCUGUGGCCAUGCAACGCUUGCGACCUCGUUCAUCCUUCUCAACUAUGUCCACCCUGGCGAGCCAUCGGUUCUCUUCCACACUCGAAUGCGCGGAGAUGUCCUCGCUCGGCUGGAGGAAGCGGGUCAAGGCGGCCGUGUAGCCGUCAACCUCCACAUCGCACCAACGGCUACUGGGUCACCAGAGUCCAGCCAACUCGGGGGUAUCAUUGCUGAGGCGUGCGGCUUCUCGGCAUCUGACAUUGAGCAAGUUGCGACCUACGACUUGGGGGGACCAAGUGCCCUCACGCACGUCGCUGAGCACGUCGCUCUUGGGGACCUCCAGGUCACGCCGUCAAGACUCCUCCCCCGCCUGGCAGCCGAUGUCGUCGUGACACAACUCCUUCCUCCGACUGCCGACACUCCCCCCGACACUGUUCGUGCCGCCUGUCGCGUGUUUGGGCCUGGUUUAGGCACCGAUGAGGACCCAGUAACCGGUUCAUCUUGGGCGAUGCUUACUGGCUAUUAUCUGAACGGCCCAGGCUCGGAGUUUACCAAGCGCUUUCUCCCAGCUGGCUCUGACCUGUCAAGGGUCACUCUUGACGCACGCCAACUGAGCGCCCGUGGCGGCAGUAUGACGUGUACGCUGAGCCGGGACGGACAGGCGCAGCUUGUUGGACAAGCGUGGAGGACAGGUCACGGGUUCUUGGAGACCUUUUGA